UCGCGAACGCGCGUAGAUAAUUCCGAUAAGGAACGUUGCAUAAAUGUUCGUUAAUUGUUUAUAGAAAUAAAAAUAUGGAUUUGGUGUAUAUGAUAGCCUUAAUGGCCGUGGCCGUUAGAGCUGGCGAGGAAAAUUAUCACAAGAAGUUUCCACUGGGUCAUACUUUGGACUCAAAUAACAAGUAUGAUCCGAUAGAAUAUGAGUUAGCCAACACCGAACUCUUAAUGUCUUUUGUGGUAUUUCGACAUGGUGACAGAACGCCGGACGAAGAAGAAUUAAAAAAAUUUCCAACAGACCAAAACUAUGACAAAGUAUUCUUUCCUUACGGGAAAAGAGCAUUAACGAAUAAAGGUAAACAGCGAGGGUAUCUUGUUGGAGAAUAUUUGAGAGAACGCUAUGGCAACCUUAUUUCUAAAUUGUAUUUGCCCGAUGAAAUUUCCGUUCGAACCACAGACUACUCUCGCACUAAAAUGACAGCGUUGACUGCCCUGAGUGCCAUUUAUCCGCCUCCACCAGCUCAGAAAUGGAACCCUUUCCUCAACUGGCAACCCGUACCUUACGAUACACUAGCUUUUGCUGAUGACGAUCUGUUAUACUAUUAUAACUGUCCUCGUUAUCUUGAACGAAGAAAACAAAUUUACGAAUUACCUGAAACUCAAAAAAAACUUAAGUCUUACGAAGGUCUCUUUAAGUUUUUAACAAUAAAAACAGGAACAGACAUUACCGUACCCGAAGAUGUUUUCUAUUUAGAUAACUUAUUUCAGACUUUGGCCAAUAUUGGCGUGAGGGCUCCAAAGUGGGCAAAUGACGUAAUGCCACAAAUAAAAGAAAUGACUAAAAUUGAAUAUGCAUUGGAAUUCUAUACAAACGAAAUGAUAAAAUUAGCAUCAGGAGUACUUCUGACGGACGCACUGAAUGCUACGAACGCCGCAAUCGAGGGCAAACGGGACCAACCAAAGUUACGUCUUUAUUCAGCACAUGAAAAUAACGUAGCUGGAUUCAUGGCAGCUAUAAAGGUCUUCAAACCACAUCAGCCUAAAUAUGGAUCAACAAUAUCUUUAGAAUUCAGAAAAAGACUUCUAACUGAUCAAUACGGUUUUACCGCGACGUACGCUGCAGAUGGCGGAGGUCCUGGAGUUGUGCUACCCAUGGAUGGUUGCGGAGGACAAGUUUUUUGCGACUAUGACACUUUCGUUAACUUAACGCAAGAGUAUGUAAUAUCUCGAAAGGAUCAUAAAAAGCUGUGUUAUGUUAACUUAUCGGAUUCAAAAUCCGAUAAUUUAACUUAACAUACUCAUUUAAAAUGAAACCUGUUGACUAAUACGUUUAAGAAAAAAAAUGCAAUGCAGUUUCAAUGAAAAUACAAUUAUAUUUUUAAUAGUGAAAGUAAAUUAUUUCCAUUUGAUACAAUUUCUUCGUAAUAUGAUAAUUGUG